CCUGUGUAUGGACAAUAAAAAAAAAUUAAUAACAUUUAUCCUAGUACUAGUAUAUCUAUAGUAGCAACAGCACAAAGCCAUAUUAUCCUAUUUUCAUUGGAAAUGACCAUACACUAAAAUACACGCAACAUUUAUUCAAGGCCUCAAGUUUCACGUUUAAAGAUGUAUCACAUUUUUAUGUACAUUUUAAAAGAGUAAAUUGUUUAUAGUGCAUACUGAUGUAGUAUCAUUGAAGUUAAUGGCACUACACCAGUGUAGAUAAGGGAAUUAUCUCUCUGGAAGUAGAUGACACUUUGUUAUUGAUGUCUCAAGAGGUCCAUUCUGAUGUAAGCUCUAUUUUUAAGAGAAUAAAUUAAUUAAUGAUGGACAUCUUCCAAGAAAACCACAAGAUAUGGCUCAUACACAAUGCUUGCCAAUCUGAAGUUUUAAAGAAAGUAUGGCUGAAUCUCAUUUGCCUUUGUUAGACUUGUUUAAAUAGUUGUUCAUAGUACGCCUACCAUGCACUGACAGUGAAUCAAUAAAUAUUGCAUGACUGAGCAUGACCAGUUUAACAUGAGAAUAUCAUUAUAAAAUAUUACUAUGAAACGUCUUUGUGUAAUGAUCCUUGUACAUGGAGGCUUUUGUUCAUUGUGGGAAGCUAAGCAACAAUUAAUAAUAAUAAAUUGACUUUUCAUAUACAUAUAUGCAUGAUGCUAUAAGAUAGCGUAUGUAAACUAUUCCUUUCUGCAUUUUCAGUUCAUCUUCUCAAUAGCUCCCACAAAUUUAUUUGCAGUCAUUUGUUCGGAUCCCUGAUGUUCUCUCCUUGUUUUUCCCCUAUACAUCCUGUAAAUAAGUGUCUAUAAAUAUACCUUGAUGUUGUCUUUCCAUAAUUAACCAUUGUUGUGUAAGCACCAUACUGGCAUUUUGUGUUAAAAUGCCAUUCCUUAGUAUGGGUACACCUGCUGCAAAGGGAACAUGAUAAUGAUAAAUGAUAGUUUACACCUCAGGAAUACUCUAGGAAAGGGGGUGUAAACAACAAUACAACUCAGUUUUUAAAAAGCAUUACUGUAUUGCAGUUCAAAUGAGACAGAAAAUAAUUUAUAAUCUGUUAACCCCUUCAUUCCCAAUUUUAUGUAUAUACACAUGCAAUAUUAUAAACCAAUUUGGUGGCUCUUUUGGAACUAAGGGGUUAAAGUCCAAGAACAAAUAUAUGCAUAUAUACACAUAUAACAUAAUUUGAAACAUUCAAAGCUUUACUGCAUUCUUAAAAUACAUAUUUCUCUUUUUCUCUGCCAAGCUUAAAAAAAAUCAGUGAAAUAUGAAUGUGCAGAGACCAUCUUUAAAAGAUUUAUCAAUUCUUUGAUGUCUUAUUGAAAAGGGUAUUGUAUUAUUGUCAAAUGAUCUCAUGGUGUUGUAAGCAGGUUGUGAUUUGGCAUGCUGUUAUGAAUUGCACCCAGCAUGUUAAAAACAUUCUUUUAAUUGUUAUGUGAAAUGUUUGCAUAUGUGGUUAUUAUCUGUGAACUCAUUGUACAUGUAUCCAAAUGUGUUUUCUAUUGUGCUUGAUUUUGCUGGCCAUUCUUGAAUGACUUGGCAAUUCAAGAAACAAAUGUUCUGUGCUGUCCUCUGUAAUGCCUAUUCUCUUUGAUGUGUUUUGUCAUAUUCCAUCAGCUUGUAUCCCCCCUUUGCCAACAACAUAUCUCUAUAUGUGUUGGAAACAAAUUUAUGCAAAGACAUAUCUUAGCAAGCUUUGCUUAACAUAUUUUUAAAAUUAAUGAGAGUUUCAUUUGUUCAACUUUUAACAUACUGUUGCUUGGUAUGCAUCUUUUGCAGUUAAUCCACCAUCAGACUUGAAUUUUAAAAUUGUAGAUGAACAUACUGUUCAAAUGUCAUGGACGAGGCCGCCUGAUGCAAUAGAAGGUUACAGGAUAACAGUGACUCCUGCAGCUGAUGGACCUACUAGAGAAUUUACCCUAGCACCUAGCACUACCCAAACUAUAUUAAGAGAUCUCAUACCUGAUACUGAAUAUGUUGUAACAAUAAGUUCGUAUGAUGACACAGAAGAAAGUAUAUCUGUCUCUGGCCAACUUACAAUUCAAACAGGUGGCUUAGUAACAACAGGAGAAAAGGUUGAUGAGGUUCCAUUGCAGAAAUGCUCCCUUAGUGCUGUUACAGAUCUGGUUUUUCUUGUGGAUGGCUCUUGGAGUGUGGGGCGAAAUAACUUUAAAUAUAUAUUAGACUUCAUUGUUACCCUUGUAUCAGCUUUUGAUAUUGGAGAAGAAAAGACAAGAGUUGGAAUUGUCCAGUAUAGUUCUGAUACACGGACUGAGUUCAACUUAAAUCAGUAUUUCGAAAAGAGGGAUCUCAUUGAGGCAAUAAAAAACAUACCAUACAAAGGAGGCAAUACAAUGACAGGUGAAGCUGUAGAUUAUCUGAUUAAGAAUACAUUCACUGAGUCUGCUGGAGCAAGGAAAGGUUUUCCCAAAGUGGCAAUUGUCAUUACGGAUGGAAAGUCUCAAGACGAAGUAGAAAUUCCAGCAAGAGAGCUUCGUAAUAUUGGAGUUGAAGUUUUUUCCUUAGGAAUCAAAGCUGCAGAUGCCAAAGAAUUGAAAUUGAUUGCUUCUCAACCCUCACUGAAGCAUGUUUUUAAUGUGGCUAACUUUGAUGGCAUUGUGGAUAUACAGAAUGAAAUAGUCUCUCAAGUGUGCUCAGGGGUUGAUGAACAAUUGGGUGAACUGAUUAGUGGAGAAGAAGCUAUAGAGCCUCCCUCAAACCUUGUAGCAACGCAAGUAUCAUCAAGAUCUAUUAGAAUCACUUGGUAUCCAUCUCCUAGUGAUAUCACUGGCUACAAGGUUGACCUCGUUCCAAUGAUACCUGGUGCCAAACAAUACUCAUUAAGUGUAGGACCUCAGACUACUGCUUUCAAUGUAAAAGACCUUUCUUCAGACACAGAGUACCAAAUUAAUGUGUAUGCAAUGAAAGGACUGACUCCCAGUGAGCCAGUGACUAUAAUGGAAAAAACACAACCAGUAAAAGUUAAAGUGGAAUGUGCCCAAGGUGUGGAUGUAAAAGCUGACAUUGUGCUUUUGGUUGAUGGCUCCUACAGUAUUGGCAUUGCCAAUUUUGUGAAAGUGAGAGCAUUUUUGGAAGUGUUGGUUAAAAGCUUUGAAAUUUCACCUGAAAAAGUACAAAUAAGCCUUGUCCAGUAUAGCAGGGAUCCUUAUACGGAGUUUCCUUUGAACAGAUACAACAGAAUUGAAGAAAUAAUUCAGGCUAUUAACACCUUCCCCUACAGAGGUGGAUCUACAAACACAGGCAAAGCAAUGACCUAUGUAAGAGAAAAAGUCUUUGUUACAAGCAAAGGUGCAAGACCAAAUGUCCCACGGGUUAUGAUUCUUAUUACUGAUGGGAAAUCAUCAGAUGCUUUUAAAGAUCCUGCCAUAAAGCUGAGAGAUUCAGAGGUAGAAAUAUUUGCAGUUGGUGUUAAGGAUGCUGUAAGGACAGAGCUGGAAGCAAUUGCUACACCGCCCGCAGAAACCCACGUUUACACAGUGGAAGAUUUUGAUGCUUUUCAGAGAAUAUCAUUUGAGCUUACACAGUCUGUCUGCUUACGAAUCGAACAGGAACUCAAAGAGAUUAAGAAGAAAUCUCUCUUACCUGCAAGAGAUCUGAGGUUUUCAGAAGUGACUUCUAACAGUUUCAAAGCUAACUGGUCUCCAGCAGGAGCUGGUGUUCUGUCAUACCUUGUUAAGUAUAAAGUGGCUACUGGUGGAGAAGAAUUGUUGGUUUCUGUACCAGCUCCAGUUACUAACACAGUUCUUACUAAUUUACUACCUAAAACUACAUAUGCUGUCAGUGUGAUUGCGGAAUAUGAAGAAGAAGAUGGUCCUCCCCUGGAGUCAGAAGAAACAACCUUAGAAGUCAAGGGAUCACCACGAAACUUAAGAAUAAGCGAUGAAACAACAGAUAGUUUUAAGGUUGGAUGGUCACCAGCUCCAGGGAGUGUUCUCAGAUAUAGGCUUGCAUAUAGGCCAGUUACUGGUGGAGAGAGAAGACAAGUAACUGUCCCAGCAAAUGAAAGAGCAACCACGUUACAGAAUCUGAAACCAGAUACAAGAUAUGAAGUCUCUGUUACUGCUGAGUACCAGUCUGGGCCUGGAAAGCCACUUAGUGGUCAUGGGAAAACUGAGGAAGUUCUGGGAAGACCAAGAGACCUGAGAGUUUCCGAUCCUACAACAUCGUCACUGAAAUUAUCUUGGAGGUCAGCACCUGGCAAAGUACAGAGAUAUCUUGUAACAUAUACACCAGUGUCAGGAGGUGAAACUAAAGAAGUAACCUUAAGUGGAGAUACCACCACCACAGUACUCAGAGACUUGGAGCCAGGAACGAGAUAUGAUUUAUCUGUGACUGCCCUGUAUGCAUCGGGAGCAGGGGAUGCUCUUUCUGGACAAGGAACCACUCUUGAAGAACGCGGCUCUCCUCGUGACUUGAUUACUAGGGACAUUACAGAUACGACAAUUGGGGUGUCAUGGACAGCAGCUCCAGGAUCAGUUCAGCAUUACAGAAUUCUAUGGAAAUCACUUUACGAUGAUGAGUCCGGAGAGAAAACAGUUCCUGGAAAUGUAAUAAAUACUGUACUGGAAAACCUGCAGCCUGAAACCAAGUAUAAGAUUUCAGUUUUGGCUGCUUACAGAAGUGGAGAAGGUGCUCCUUUAGAAGGAGAAGCUACAACUGAAGUGUCACCAAGCUCCAGGACUCUGAGAGUGGAUGAAGAGAAAGAGACCACAAUGAGAGUAACUUGGCAACCUGCACCGGGAAAAGUUGUCAGCUAUCGUGUAGUUUACCGACCCCUCAGGGGGGGAAGACAAUUGUUUACGAAAGUGCCACCUACCUCUACCAGUACAGUGCUGAAACGUCUCCAGCCUCUAACCACUUACAACAUCAGUGUCAUUCCGAUGUAUAAAACUGGUGAAGGAAAACACAGACAAGGAGAGGGAACAACAGCUUCCCCAUUUAAACCUCCGCGAAAUCUGAAGACUUCUGACCCUACAAGUUCAAGCUUCCGAGUAACUUGGGAGGCAGCUCCUGGGGAAGUGAGGGGUUACAAAGUGACUUUCCACCCUGCUGGAGAAGAUGCAAAGCUUGGAGAAUUAAUUGUUGGGCCAUAUGACAACACAGUUGUAUUGGAAGAGCUCAGGGCAGACACUUCCUAUAAGGUCAAUGUUUUUGGAAUGUUUGAAAGAGGAGAAAGUUUACCAUUAAUUGGAGAAGAAAUGACAACCACUUCAGACAUGACAACCACUGUGAAGCCAUUUCUACCUCCAGGCCUGGAAUGCAAAACCAGUGCAGAAGCAGAUAUUGUGUUGCUAGUGGAUGGCUCAUGGAGUAUUGGUCGACCAAAUUUCAGGACAAUCCGCAGCUUCAUUGGUAGUAUUGUUGAAGUAUUUGAUAUUGGUCCUGACAAAGUGCAGAUCGCUCUUGCACAGUAUAGUGGAGAUCCCAGAACAGAAUGGCACCUCAAUGCACACAGAACCAAACAGAGUUUAAUGGAUGCUGUGACCAACUUACCAUAUAAAGGAGGCAACACUCUAACAGGAACGGCUUUGACCUUCAUCUUAAAUAACAACUUCAAACCAGAAGUUGGUCUGAGGCCUGGAGCGCACAAAAUUGGUGUCCUCAUCACUGAUGGCAAAUCACAGGAUGAUAUAAAUGCUCCAUCAGCGAGAUUGAGGGAACAGGGAGUAGAGCUCUAUGCUGUUGGUAUUAAGAAUGCUGAUAUAAAUGAACUGAAUCAGAUAGCAUCAGACCCAGAUGAGACUCAUGUUUACAACGUUGGAGAUUUCUCCCUUCUUGUUAAUAUUGUUGAUGACCUCACUAACAAUUUGUGCAAUAGUGUAAGAGGUCCAGCAGAUUUGUCGUUACCUCCCACCAAUUUAGUUACCUCUGAGGUGACAGCUCGUUCCUUCAGAGUGUCUUGGACUCCACCUGCUGAGAGUGUUGAUAGAUACAGAGUUGAAUAUUACCCUACUGCUGGAGGUGCACCCCAGGAGGUCUUCGUAAGUCGGUCAGAGACUACUACUGUUCUGACUAGUCUCAGACCUGAAACAGAGUAUACUGUGAAUGUAUUUUCUGUGGUGGAAGGAACUAGCAGUCAACCUUUAACGGGCUCUGAAACAACAUUGGCAAUUCCUUCAGUUAGAAGCCUGAAUGCUUAUGACAUCAGCUCAACCACUAUGCGAGUACGAUGGGAACCUGUCCGUGGAGCUACUGGCUAUGUGCUUCUCUAUGAGCCUGUGAAUGCCACAAUACCAGCAACAGAGAAAGAGAUGCGAGUUGGAGCAUCAGUGAAUGAUGUACAGCUGGUUGACCUGAUUCCUAACACUGAGUACACUUUAACAAUUCAUGCAACAUUUGAUGAUCUUACCAGUGAUCCUCUCACCACUCAGGAAGUCACAUUACCUUUGAGUGGAGCAAAAAGCUUAAAGAUAAGAGAUGUUACUCACAGCAGCAUGAGAGUCUCUUGGGAACGUGCUCCAGGGAAAGUUCGUAAAUACAUCCUGAGAUACAAAGCAAGUGAAGAAGAUGACAUCAAAGAGGUGGAAGUAGAUCCAUCUCAGACAAGCACUGUCCUCCGUGAUCUUUUCUCGCAAACACUCUAUAAUGUGGAACUUGUUGCGGAAUAUGAUGAAGGACAAUCUGUGCCAGUAGCUGCAGAUGCUACCACUUUAUCUGUACCAGCACCAGCCAAUCUGAGAACUGAUCAGGUAACCAAGACUAGUUUCAGAGGCACUUGGGACCAUGGAGCACCAGAUGUUGCACUGUAUAGAAUAAUGUGGGGACCUUAUGGCGAAACGGAAAAACUGGAGACUAUACUGAAUGGUGAUGAAAAUAGUUUGGUGUUUGAAAAUCUGACCCCAGACACACUGUAUGACAUCUCAGUUACUGCCAUCUAUCCUGAUGAAUCAGAGAGCGAUGACCUGAUUGGCAGUGAGCGCACGUUACCCAUCGUGCCUAUAACAACACCAGUGCCAAAGAGUGGUCCACGGAAUCUUCAGGUAUACAAUGCAACAUCCAGUAGCUUGACAGUUAAAUGGGAUCCUGCCACUGGACGAGUGCAGCGGUAUAGGAUUAUUUAUCAGCCUACAACUGGGGACGGUGUUGAACAAACGACCACAGUAGGGGGGAGGCAGAACAGUGUUGUACUCCAGAAACUGCAACCUGACACACCUUAUAGUGUUACAGUUUCAUCCAUAUAUGCUGAUGGUGAAGGAGGACGAAUGACAGGGAGGGGCAAAACUAAACCUCUCAGCACAGUAAAGAAUCUCAGAGUCUAUGAUCCAACCACCAGCACACUGAAUGUUCGAUGGGAUCAUGCUGAAGGGAACCCUCGUCAGUACAAGGUGCUUUAUGCACCAGUGUCAGGGGAUGUAGGCGAACAGGCAACCAUCCCAGGAAAUACAAAUUAUGCUGUCCUAAGGAACCUACAGCCUGACACAAAAUACAAAGUAACUGUGAUUCCUGAAUACCCAGAGGGUGAUGGAGGACGGAUGUCUGACACUGGGAAAACUUUGGUUAGAGGAACACCAAGAAGCAUCCAAGUUUACAACCCAACAACAAACAGUCUUAACGUCCAAUGGGAAGCUGCGCCAGGCCCAGUGCAGCAGUACAGAAUUGUCUAUGCUCCGUUAGUUGGUCCCAGGCCAUCAGAAUCUGUUGUGGUUCCAAGCAACACCCGCAAUGUUUUAUUAGAACGUCUGUCUCCUGACACUCCCUAUUCUGUUAAUGUUGUUGCUUUGUAUGCUGAUGGAGAAGGAAAUCCAAGUCCUGGACAGGGAAGAACAUUGCCUCGCAGUGGACCCAGAAACAUCAGAGUCUUUGACCCUACUACAAACAGUCUUUCUGUUCAAUGGGACCAUGCUGAUGGGCCUGUGCAGCAGUACAGAAUCAUAUAUUCUCCCACGGUUGGAGACCCCAUUGAUGAAUAUACAAUGGUGCCUGGUAGAAGGAACAACGUAUUGCUGCAGCCUCUGCAGUCAGACACACCCUAUAGAAUCACAGUUGUGGCAGUUUAUGAAGAUGGAGAUGGUGGGCAAUUGACAGGAAAUGGAAAAACAGUGGGACUGCUUUCUCCUCAGAACAUACGCAUUUCAGAUGAAUGGUAUACAAGGUUCAGAGUUGCCUGGGAUCCUUCACCAUCUCCCGUUCUUGGGUAUAAAAUUGUGUAUAAACCUGUAGGUACUGAUGAGCCCAUGGAGGUGUUUGUUGGAGAGGUGACUUCAUACACAUUGCACAACCUGUCUCCUAGUACUACCUAUGAUGUAAAUGUUUAUGCUCAGUAUGAUUCUGGACUCAGUGCACCCCUGGUAGAUCAAGGCACUACAUUGUACUUGAAUGUUACUGAUCUAACAAGUUAUAAUGUAGGAUGGGACACAUUCUGCAUCAGGUGGUCAGCUCAUCGAUCAGCCACUUCAUACAGGCUGAAGCUAAAUCCAGUGGAUGGAUCCAGAGGGCAAGAAAUUACAGUGCGUGGUACAGAAACCAGUCACUGUUUCACUGGCCUUUCACCAGACACCAGAUAUGAUGCUACUGUCUUUGUUCAGACUCCAAACCUUGAAGGGCCUCCAGUGUCUGUGAGGGAACAGACAUUGGUCAAGCCAACAGAAGCCCCAACGGAACCGCCAACUCCCCCUCCCCCUCCAACAAUUCCACCUGCUCGAGAUGUAUGCAAGGGUGCCAAAGCAGACAUAGUCUUCCUAACUGAUGCUUCCUGGAGUAUUGGGGAUGACAAUUUCAACAAAGUAGUGAAAUUUGUUUUUAAUACCGUUGGAGCCUUUGACGUAAUCAACCCUGCUGGAAUUCAGGUUUCCUUUGUGCAAUACAGUGAUGAUGCGAAGUCCGAGUUUCAUCUGAAUACAUAUGAUGAUAAAGCACAGGCUCUGGGAGCACUUCAGAACAUUCGAUAUAGAGGAGGGAACACAAAGACAGGCAAAGCACUUACCUUUAUCAAAGAUAAGGUCUUGACGUGGGAAAGUGGCAUGAGGAAAGGAGUUCCCAAGGUACUUGUUGUAGUAACAGAUGGCCGGUCACAGGACGAAGUGAAGAAAGCUGCAGUUGUCAUACAGCACUCUGGUUUCAGUGUCUUUGUUGUUGGCGUGGCUGAUGUUGAUUACAACGAACUGGCCAAAAUUGCCAGCAAACCCAGUGAACGUCAUGUCUUUAUUGUCGAUGACUUUGAUGCUUUUGAAAAGAUUGAGGAUAACCUCAUUACCUUUGUUUGCGAGACAGCUACUUCAACUUGCCCUCUCAUGUACUUGGAUGGAUAUACCUCUCCUGGUUUCAGGAUGUUGGAAUCUUACAACUUAACUGAGAAGCAUUUUGCCUCUGUACCAGGAGUUUCCCUGCAGUCAGGAUCCUUCCCCAGCUAUGUGGCAUACAAGCUUCAUAAAAAUGCCUUUGUCAGCCAGCCCACACAGGAAAUUCAUCCAGAUGGAUUACCGAAAGCUUAUACUAUAAUACUUUUAUUCCGCCUUCUCCCGGAAACUCCCAAUGAGCCAUUUUCAAUUUGGCAGAUAACAGAUAGAGAUUACAAACCACAAGUUGGUGUUGUUCUUGAUCCCUCUAGCAAAGUGUUAUCAUUCUUUAACAAAGACACAAGAGGAGAGGUUCAGACAGUAACGUUUGAUCAUGAUGAAGUGAAGAAACUCUUUUAUGGAAGUUUCCACAAGGUUCAUAUUGUUGUAACACCAACAAAUGCUAAGAUCUAUGUUGACUGCAUUGAAAUAAUGGACAAACCAAUUAAUGAAGGUGGAAAUAUCACAACAGAUGGUUAUGAAAUACUUGGUAAACUACAGAAAGGUGACAGGAAAACAGCAACACUUGAGAUCCAGAGCUUUGACAUUGUCUGCAAUGCAGUUUGGACUAGCAGAGAUCGAUGCUGUGACAUUCCUUCUAGGAGGGAUGAAGCAAAAUGCCCAUCUUUGUCAAAUGCUUGCACAUGUACACAAGACAGCGUGGGACCCCAGGGACCUCCAGGACCUUCUGGAGGCCCAGGUGCUAAGGGUCCAAGAGGAGAAAGAGGCUUAAAUGGACCUCCUGGGCCAGCUGGUCCGCGUGGAGAUGUAGGCCCUGCAGGCUCUCAAGGCCCACCAGGUCCACAGGGGCCAAAUGGACUUUCCAUUCCAGGAGAACCAGGCCGUCAAGGGAUGAAAGGUGAUGCUGGAGAACCAGGACUACCAGGUCGAUCAGGAUCUCCAGGCUUACCUGGCCCCCCUGGCCCAAUGGGGCCUCCAGGUGACAGGGGCUUCACUGGAAAAGAUGGCCCAACAGGACCAAGAGGUCCCGCUGGACCAAUAGGUGCCCCAGGAGUGCCUGGAGUAGCUGGCCCGACGGGAAAACCAGGAAAACCAGGAGAUCGUGGGUCAACGGGUCCAGCUGGAUUGAAAGGUGAAAAGGGUGACAGAGGAGACAUUGCUUCUCAGAAUUUGAUGCGAGCUGUUGCAAGACAAGUUUGUGAACAACUAAUAAACGGCCAAAUGACCCGAUUUAACCAGAUGCUGAAUCAAAUCCCGAACAAUUACUAUUCGAACCGUGACCAGCCUGGACCUCCAGGCCCACCAGGUCCCCCUGGACCUGCUGGGACAAGAGGAGAACCUGGAACUGGAGGCCGGCCAGGGUUCCCAGGUACACCUGGCCUCCAAGGAUCACCUGGAGAGAGAGGGCUGCCUGGAGAGAAAGGUGAAAGAGGGCUUGGAUCACAAGGACCACGGGGUUUACCUGGGCCACCAGGUCCACAAGGGGAAUCCAGAGUUGGCCCACCAGGUUCUACAGGCUCAAGGGGACCACCUGGGCCACCUGGCCGACCUGGUAAUGCGGGUAUCAGAGGUCCCCCAGGGCCCCCUGGAUACUGUGAUUCUUCCCAGUGUGCUAGCAUUGCUUACAAUGGUCAAGGAUAUCCAGGCUGACCACUCCAUCUAAAGUAAAAAGAACACAGUUGUUUGCCAUUUCUGAGUGCAUCUUUUUGAUUAAUGUUGGGAUUAUCUAUACAAAAUUAGUACCUGAGAUCUAAUUUUUCAAAACCAAAUGCCAUGCUGUGAUACAGUGCAGACAACUGAAAAAAAGGAAAUCACCAUCUCCCAAUUUCUGCUGAGUUGAAUUCCAUGGAAUCUGUGAUUAUAUUCCAGAAUGAUACAAAUUUCUUCUGAGAAGAAGCAGUUUCAGACAAUGGACUGCCAAUGGAACAAAAAUGCUGGAUAGCUGUGGCCAAUGGGGCACCAAAUCACUAAAAUCUGGGAAGGGGAUAGUGUUUAAAUCUAGAGCAUCUCUCAAGAAUGGAGUCCAGUCCCACAGUAUUGUUAACUAGUUUGUGUGCACUGUAGCACCUUAUAAUCCGUAAACAUGAUAUUGCUGUUGGAUAUGUUGUUUGCUACUAUCAUAAUGUGCAUGUAUACAUGAAGAUAUAUAUAUAUAUAUGUACACACAAAGUCAUGGACUUAGAGCUGAUGGGUCAAGAAAAAUUAAUGGAACAAAGUUAUGCGUAUCUUGCACAAGAGCAAUCAUAAUCUGAAUUAAAAUUCAGUGGGGAAAGCACCACUGAUACCCUUCCAGAGAGCAGCCUGGUUUACAUAUAUAGAUAUAUACAUAUACUUUAACCCUGAUAGAUGGAUUUAGAUGAAUGAAAAACAUAUUUUUGCACAGCUGUUUGACCUUGAACACUAACAUAAUAUUUGACCUGUUUCAGGUUCCGGUUAACACAUUUUCUAAGUCGCCAGUGCUGCUUACAGUUUGAAUACAAUGAAAACGCUGUUUCUGAGAUGUUUGCGCACGUGCUUAUUAGGAAUUGAAUCUGUAUGGAUAUGCCACCAUAGAUAAUGGUUAACUGAACCAUGUUGACCUCAUGAGAUGCGGAAAUUAUUUUUUUAUACUAACAAGGUCUUCUUGAAUGUGAUAAGGACAAGAUUUCAAGCGUGGUACAUUUGGUAAAGCAGAGGGAGGGUAACCCAACCUUCCUACCCUAACCCUCGCUCCCUUCAACUCCCAACCCUGCCACCCAAAAUAAGUCACAACAAUCUCAGUGGCAAUGGAGGCUUAUAAAACUACUAACUAGUGGAUAUAACACCAUGACACAUUAAACUUGAUGAAAGAGAAAUGA